GUGGUGGAACGAUGGGGAAGAGCUCCAAGUCGAAGCGACGGGACGAGUCGUCCGAUGACAGCGACAGCGACAGAGAGCGGCGGCAGCAGCGGCGUGAGAAGAAGAGGAGCAAGAAGGCAUCCAAGAUCGUCAAGGAGAUGGGGUACUCGAACGACCAGAAUCCGUUCAACGAUGCCAACUUGACGGAGAAGUUUGUGUGGCACAAGAACAAAGGUCGGAGCAGCACAUCCGCCACCACCAAAUCCUCGUCGUCUAGCAAGCGACGUCAUGACGAACCUGACGAAGACAAGCGCGAAGAGCUCGUGCGGGAGAUCAUGAAGGUCCGUCGGCGUCGGGACGAUCGCGACGCCGAGCGGGAAGAGAUGGAGCGCCUCAAAAACGAAGAGAUGCGUCUGCGAGAUGCAUCGCAAUACGAAGACUGGCAGCAGAAGGAAGAAGACUUUCACUUGUCCCAAGCCCGCGUGCGAUCGCACAUUCGCAUCCGGGAAGGCCGCGAGAAACCCAUCGACCUCCUCGCCAAGAACCUCAUGCUGGCAUCGUUGUCGGCGGUCGCGAUGAUCGAUCCGACCAAGGCGCUGAAGGAUACCCUCGCGGAACUCAAACAUGCGCACGUCGAGCUCCGUCCACCGGAGGACCUGCUUGCCGACUUGGACGCGCGCGCACUGAGCGAACUGAAAGACGAGAUCGAAGUAUACAUGGAGCUGGAAGGCAAGACUGGCGAGCACUUUACGUUCUGGAACCUCUUGCAUGUGUUGUGCCAGCAUGACCUGCAACGUCUCCAUCGUCGGCAGAGCGGACGCGGCGCCAUCCACCGCGACGUGGAAGCGUCCAUCACAGAGAUGCUGCAGGACAAAUCCAGCGUCGAAUUGGACGAGCUCCAACACGAAAUCAACCAGACGUUGGCGGGUGGUGGUAGCGGUAUCGACGUCGAGUACUAUGAGAACGUCAUGCAAGAGAUCGCAGUACAUCAGGCCAAGGCGCAGCUGCGGGCCAUCCAUACAUCCCUACUCCAACGGCUUGCCGAUCGAGUCAAGGAACAAGAAGCAAAUGCCGCCGCGUCCAUCGCCGCCGCGCUACCCAACCAAGACUCGUCCAACGACAUGGAACUCUCGGAGAAAGCCAAAGCCAAGCAGCUGCUUGAACAAGAGUCGCAGGUUGACGACGAUAGCCGCGCCGCGCUCGCCAUGUGGACACUCGAGAUGGGCCGUGGCAACGAAGAUGCCGAGACCCAGUUGAUUGACCAGGUGGAUGUGGCCACUGCGAGGCUGGCGGCAUGGGCUUCCCAGUACCGACCGCGAAAGCCGAGGUUCUUUAACCGCAUCAAGACGGGGUACGACUGGAACAAGUACAAUCAGACACACUACGACGGCGAAGAGAGCGCGCCCCCCAAGAUCGUGCAGGGGUACAAGUUCAAUCUGUUUUACCCUGACCUGAUUGAAAAGUACGUCGCGCCCAAGUACACGUUUGACCCGAUCGAAGGCACGACCGAGUUUUGCGUGCUGCGCUUCUCGGCAGGGCCACCAUAUGUGGACGUGGGGUUCAAGAUCGUCAACCAGGAAUGGGAAUUUUCCCAUAAACGAGGGUUCAAGUGUGUGUUUGACCGAGGAAUUCUCCAGCUCCACUUUAACUUUAAGCGCCAUCGGUACCGUCGUUAAGCACGAUUGCGGCGGCGGCGGAUGCUGGCCUUUGUUGGAUAUCAAUCGAAUCCAGUUGAUUUGGAUAUUAGUUCAAAGGAUUUGGUUUUGUGCAAUACUAGUAGUUAUUAAAAUACUGGUACUAGUUUAGAGUUGCGAAAAGUCAUUACAGUAUUGGCGAAGGAUGCCUUCAAGAAAGCACAGUUUAAGCUUAUCUUAUGUAUAGUAUACAUAUUUC